AUGGACGCUAGCAAACGAUCUAUGGAAUCGCUAGACACGGAGCCACCCCAGAUUCACGUUUUGAAGAAACGAAAAAUCGACCUAACCAAGGAUUUAGACAACGCCAGGAAGCCGUGGAGGGCAAGAGGAUCCUUUGAUCUCCAAUUCUGGACUCAAGCCGUCAAAAUCGAAGAAAUCAGCCUAGAGAGGUCUGAGUUGUCCCGUAAAAUCUCCCAUCACCAAUUUGAAGGCGAUCCGGGCAAUUGGUCAAAAACAGAUGAGGCUAAGGCCAUAUUGGAGUCGAUUAAAGCCCAGGAACAGUCAAAAAAGAUUUGCCAAGAGAGAGUAGAUCAGCUACAAAACGCACGAGAAGGAAGAAGCCUGCGCGCUUCAUACAUGAAGCUUUUCACGACCUCUAGUAUGGGACUAGCCAUGCAAAAGAAUGUAGGCGCUGGCCCGCGAGAUUCCAGAGUCCAGCAACAAUUCCGCGAUAAAUUGGUUGAGGCAUAUGGGGCUCGUCACUCAUCAGAACCCUGGCUUUGGUGUUCGAUUCUAGGCCGGUACAUUGAAAGCGAAGAUGUGACAGCAUCCCAUCUUUUCCCUUGGCGCAACGGCCAGGAUACAAUGGAUGCCAUUUUUGGUCAAAAGCGACCUGCAGAGCUAUUCCUGCCGCAGAACGGUCUGCUAAUCUAUAAAGGGCUCGAAAAGUACUUCGACGCUGGAAAAUUUGCGAUUGUUCCUACUUUGGCAGAAGGGACGCUACUGUCCGAGGUCAAGCGUUGGGUUAAGUGUGAUCAACGCGAAUAUCAAAUCAAGAUUAUAGAUCCAGACUGGGAGAAGAGAGACACUAGAGUCGCAAGUUGGUCUGAUAUCACUUUUGGAAACCUCGAUGGUCGCAAACUUGUAUUCAAGACCAAAUUCCGCCCGGCAGCCCGGUAUUUGUAUUUCCACUACUGCAUGGAAGUGUUACGAAUGUGCUGGCAGCACAGCAGUCAAGGAAAAUCUAGCAAUGCAUCGCAUUUGCUCCAAUCCGAGCAUGGAAAGCCAUUUUGGGGCACUCCAGGAAGAUACUUACCUCGAAACAUGCUUCUGGGCUUAGUUGAGGAACUCGGUCAUGACUAUCGAUUCCUAAUGGUCGGCGCCACAACCAGUCGAUUGGAGGAUGACGACCUCUUAUUGGGCGCCAUGGCAAGUCACGUACAAAAGCGAACCUCGAUUUUGGAUCGUGAGAUUUUUGACCCUCCAGGAAGCGAAGCGUCAUGCUCGGAGGGCGAAGCUUCAUGCCUGGAAGAGACAGUCUCUACAUAG